UGGAGGACACGCACUCAUUCACUUUAGUUGGGGACAGCGACUGGAGUAAGUGGAGGAAAAGCGUCUGGCUCCGUCGUCCAGACUCGCAGGCGAACGACGCGAACCACUCGGACACGCGUGUGGAGGAACAACCGGAGGAGUUCCCAGCGGAGCCGGCGCCGGACACGGUCCGCGGGGCUUCAUUGCGCGCGUUCGCCGUGUGCGUGUUGGUUUGGGAGCCGAACGCGCUCAGUCACAGGUUGCUAGCGGAGCGGACGCUAGCCGAGCUAGCCGAGCUAGCCGAGCUAGCCCGCCGCGGUUAGCCGUGUUUUCCUCCCACCGGGACCGAGAGCGGCGAAACCAAAAGACCUGCCAGACAUUUUCCAGGUCUCUGCCCCAUGGUUCCGUCAUGAUGCGGUGUUUUUCGGGACGUUCAUCGAGUUGGCCGGCUGGAAGCAUCGGCUGACUGAAGCCUCGCGGCAGCGCGAGCGUCUGGGUUUUUACUGGCGUGUUUUCCUCCGUUUCAGCUGCAUUUUUUGAAAGGUGAACUUCACCUGAGCGGCUUUUUCACGCCGUCCACGCACACUUAAACGCGCUCCCAGUUCUUCUGUUGGAGUUUUUGAAAACUCGCCUGUCCGCGCUUUUUGUUUUUGACUUUUUUGAAAAGUUUGCGUGCAGGGAGCCGUGGAAAAUGGAUGCGGGGAUCGAGAAGGAAUGCGGCGCCUUGGGAGGGCUCUUCCAGCUGCUCAUGAGCGACAUGAAGGCCAGUUAUCCUACAUGGGAGGACUUUGUGAGCAAAGGGGCCAAGCUACAGUCUCAGCUCAGGACGACCAUCAUGGUGACGGGAGCCUUCCUCGAUGCGUUUCAGAAGGUGGCGGACAUGGCGACUGGGGCCAGAGGUGCCACCAAGGAGAUCGGCUCAGCGCUAACCAGGAUGUGUAUGAGGCACCGCAGCAUCGAGUCCAAACUCAAACUGUUCACCACAGCUCUCUCUGAGAGUCUUAUCACGCCGCUGGAGUUAAAGAUGGAGGAAUGGAAAAAAGUAGCCAGUCAACUGGACAAAGAUCAUGCCAAAGAGUAUAAAAAAGCCAGAGCAGACAUCAAGAAAAAGUCCUCAGACACCAUUAAACUACAGAAGAAGGUGAAGAAAGGGAAGGAUGAGGCGCGGGGCCAGCUGGACUGUGCGCUGCAGGACGUCAACGUGCGCUACGCGUUCCUGGAGGAGACGGAGAAGCGAGCGGUGUGCAGGGCGCUGGUAGAGGAGCGGGGGCGCUACUGCAGCUUCGUUAGCAUGCUGAAGCCUGUCCUGGAUCAUGAGAUCAACAUGUUGGGUGAGGUCACCCACUUGCAGACCAUUCUGGAAGAUCUGACCAACCUGACGGCUGAGCCCAAUAAACUCCCACCAGCCAGUGAGCAGGUGAUUUUGGACCUGAAAGGUUCGGAUUUUAACUACACGUAUCAGACGCCUCCAGCUUCUCCCAGUAGCACUCUGUCCCGGAAGAGCAGCAUCAGCAGUAACUACCAGUCUGGAUCAGUGAGACACGUUCCCUCCCUGGACUCCAUUAGCUGUGCUGUCGAUGGAAUCCACAUCCAGCGCUGCUCCUCUCCCUAUCUGCUGAUUGGCUGUGAUGAAAGUGGGCGGUCCCUCAGCGAAGGGAACUCCCCCUCUCGCCUCGGUCGUGACGGCAGCCGUGGUCGCUUCGCUUACGGUGGCGGCCACCGCCCUCCGUUGAGCCGCCGCGUUAGCCGCAGGGAUAUGACCACCGAUGGAGGCUCCACUAAUCAGCUGGCUGCCGGGGCCGGAGGUGCAGAGAACGGGCUAAUGCUGCCGCCACAGAACGCCUACAUCAACACGGGCGAGAGAGCUCGAGCCCUGUCUGCGUCUGGGAAGUCUUGUUCGGCCCGGGAUCAGCUGGCGUUGACGUUGGGUGCGUUAAACUCGGAUGCUUCAAGGAGCAGCAGGGACUCUCUGCACUGCUCCAGCGGCUACAGCACUCAGACCACCACCCCAUCCUGCUCUGAAGACACCAUACACUCACACACUAUAAAGAGAGAUCCUCCCCUCUAUGUCGAUUACGAGUCCAUCUCUCUCCACGGAGACGCAGACUCCAUCUCCCUACAUCACCUCUCCCAUGGCAACAGCCAAUCGGAUUUUGACAAGUCCUCGACCAUCCCGAGGAACUCGGACCUCGGUUUACAGUACCGGAAGUUUGCUCAGUCCAAGCGUCCCGCCUCCACCGUCAGCUUAUUGGCCGAGCCCGAACUGAUCGGCGGCUCUGUCCGCCAGCUGUCCUCCCACACGGCGACCAUCCGGCGCAAGCCCUCAUCCAAGCCUGCGUAUCGCAGGGGCACGAUCAGCGGAGGGGUCCCCAUCCCCAUCUGCACCCCGCAGGUUCCUGUGAAAGCACUGGGAGGACAAGGUGGGAGCAACGAGAACGUUUUCGCUGUGCCGUCUGCUGGUGCGGCAGGAGGUUUGGGUCACAGUAAACUCUGCACCUCCACGCAGAGCCUCAGCGCCUUACCUCCGGCCUCCUCCUCCCCGUACUACCAGCUGGUUCCAGGUCAGAUGCCCAUUCCUGUGCCCAUUCCCACUGUCCCCACCUUUCCACCAGAGAUCAGCAAUGCCAAACAGCAGCAGCAGCAGCAACAAGUCAACCAUCAACAGCUAAAUCAUCAGCACCAGAUGAUGCAGUACCAGCAGCAAUUCCAGCUUCAGCAGCAGCAGCAGCAGCAGCAGCAAUAUUAUCAGCAGCAACAACACAAAGCAUUUCAGUAUCAGCAGGCAGUGCUUCAGCAGCUACAGCAACAGGAUCUCCAGCAGCAGCAGGCGGACACAGACCAACAGCAGCUCAAUCAGCAGCAGAAGCAGAAGCUGUUCCACCAGCAGCACCAGGCCCCGCCCCCCGCCUCCCAGUCAGAGCCCACCAGUGUGGGCCAGCGCCUUCUCUACCAACCCCAGGCUCCUCCACCCUCCAGCCCCGACCUGAACACCGAGCCGCCGACCCACGACGGAGAAGGUGGAGGAAGAGACUUGAAGACCCUCAUCAGAGGCGUAAAGCUCAAAAAGACCAUCAGCAACGACCGCUCAGCUCCUCAGCUGCCGCCUCCAACCAAUCACAAAUUAAGCUGAAGCAUGGUCUGAGGCAGCAGUUUAGUUUGUUGGCUUCAACAAGGUGGACCUGAGAUCAAACACUAGGACUUCUCAUUGACUUUACAAACGCAGAUCGCUGGACCUUGUGUGCAUAGUUAAAUUUUUUGCUUUCUAGUUUUGGUUAAAAUACAUUUUGAUGAUUGUCAGCUCCUGUUGCUGGAGCGACCGUCUUUUGCCUUUUUGCAUUUCCAUAAAGUUUUUGCUUGACCCAGUCUUUCUGGCAGAAGUGUUGUUUUAGUUUGUGCUUUCUUCCUAGUCAGGUUGUUUUGUGGUUCCUCCGUUUCAGACAGGAAGUUGUCUCAGAUUUGACCUGCCUUCUGCCUAGAGCUCUGUGGCUCCUCACCUGGUUGAACCAGGUGUGGGUGAGUUAGGUUAGUUCUCCCUCUGCCCGUGACUCUAGAAUGAAACGGUUACUGGGCGAAUAGGUUGUAAAUAUAUCAGAACAAAAGGCUUUUAGCACCAGGGGAGAUGUGAUCUGAUGACUGACUGAGGCUGUGGAUGAUUCUUUGGUUGAUUCUAGACAAUGAGCUUUUGUAGGUUUGCAACAUUUAGAGGCAACAUGCUUUUUAAAUCACAACUAUCGGAUUCUAUAGUCACACGGCCGCGUGGGGGACUCAUAUUGUAAUAAUCACUUCAUUUUACAACUGUUGAAACCAUGGGGUCAUGGGGUUUUUCUUUUGCAACUUGACAAAGUGAACGUUUUGCUGAUUUGUUCUGAUUCAACAGAUGUCAAAGUAAACUGAGAAAAAGGUUAUGAUUGUGUUCUUCCUCCAACUCGAUCAUCUCUGCUUUACCCUCAGCAAUGAACAAGUCACAUUUAACUUCAUGUGAAACCAUUUUUAUCUACAGAGUUUGGUUGGGCUCCAGUAGCUGGUUCUAUGUUGGAUCUUUGUCAAAGUUUGUAGAAUAUUUCAUAAUAUUGUUCAAAAAUCAAUAUUUCUCACUAACCUCCAGUCUGACCAAAAACUCAAAAGAUUUCCUUGGUUGCAUCAACAAGCAUGUUCACAAAAAAUGUGGACUCUUCCUUGUUUACAGGUUAAAAAAUCUUGCCUCUAAAAGUUGCCUAAAAAUGUGAGGAGAUUUGUAGAAACCACUGAGGUCAAUACUGGGUUUUUGGGAAAUGUGAGGACGUAAUUUAGGAAAAGACGUUUAACAAAUUAGAACAAAUUACUGAUUAACCUUGUGAUUAGAUUAAAAUUCACUAUCCGUUCAGUAGAAAGCUAAAACCAUCUCAAGUUAGAACAAAUGGAAAGUAAAAUAAAUUUUUAUUUUAUUUUUUUACCAGAAUUGCAUGUUUAUGCUGUGAUGGGACAGAAAGAAAGAAAACUACAACUAGAAGAAACUGAUCAUUGGACUUUGCAUUUGGAAAUCAAGCUGUGGGAACCGUAAUGUGUCUCAUCCCGUCUACAACCCUGUGUGCCUCGGACUCCGGCUGCUCGCUGGAUAACGUAGUGUAUUAGGCUCAGCUGGUUCUGGUCUGUUCUCAGUGAAAUGUUCUUGCAGCAGAAGAUGGACCUAAGAAACCCAACAACCGCUCUGUGUAUAUUAGUGCUUCUUUCCUGGGAGAUCUAGAUCUAUAUAAAAAAGUAUAUAUAUAUAUAUAUAUAGGGAGAGAGAUUUAUGUAAACAUAUCCUGAUUGUAUUUUUCUUGACUUGACGCUUUAUAAGGAGGAAACCGAGUAAACUUCCUGAUGUUUAAAGAUGAAACCUGAUUGGACGUUGGACUGUCGACACUCGGACUACAGAAUGUAGAGAUUCUUUUCUUUUUAUCUUUUGAUGUUCGCUGUGGGAUCAACAAUAAUAAUAAUAAUAAUGAUUGAUUCAUGACCUGGCA